CGGGGUGCGCGUCAGCCACUCUCACCUCCCGUCCCCUAGUUUCCCGCCUGGGCUCGCAUCUCUAAUCACUUCGCACUCGGAGCGUCUCUAUUCGGGGACGCAUCCUAGGAGUCUCCUCUCCUGGGGCAGCGCAAACCCUCGCCGGGAGAACGGAUUCCUGGGAAAUGUAGUUCUUCCUGCCGGCAAGCGGGCAAGAUAAAAGAUCUACCCAGGAUUGGAAAAUAUGUCAUUACAGAUGGUAACAGUCAGUAAUAACGUGGCCUUAAUUCAACCAGGCUUCUCACUGAUGAAUUUUGAUGGACAAGUUUUCUUCUUUGGCCAGAAAGGGUGGCCAAAGAGGUCUUGCCCCACUGGAGUUUUCCACUUUGAUGUAAAGCAUAACCAUCUCAAACUGAAGCCUGCAGUUUUCUCCAAAGAUUCCUGCUACCUUCCUCCUCUUCGUUACCCGGCCACUUGCAUAUUCAGAGGCAGCUUAGAAUCUGGAAAGCAUGAGUACAUCAUCCAUGGAGGGAAAACACCAAACAAUGAGCUUUCAGAUAAGAUUUAUGUCAUGUCUGUUGUUGGCAAGAACAACAAAAAGGUGACCUUUCGCUGCACCGAGAAAGACCUGGAAGGAGAUGUUCCUGAAGCCAGAUAUGGUCAUUCCAUUGACAUGGUGUAUAGUCAAGGGAGAAGCAUGGGAGUUCUCUUUGGAGGACGGUCUUACAUUCCUGCUGCCCAAAGAACCACGGAAAAAUGGAAUAGCGUAGCUGACUGUCUGCCCCAUGUCUUCUUGGUGGAUUUUGAAUUUGGGUGCUCUACAUCAUACCUACUUCCAGAACUUCAGGAUGGGCUAUCUUUUCAUGUCUCCAUUGCCAGAAAUGAUACCAUUUAUAUCUUAGGAGGACAUUCACUUGCCAAUAACAUCCGCCCUGCCAACCUAUACAGAAUAAAAGUUGAUCUCCCCCUGGGUAGCCCCGCUGUGAGUUGCACAGUUUUGCCAGGAGGGAUCUCCGUCUCCAGUGCAAUCCUGACUCAAACAAAGAGUGAUGAAUUUGUUAUCGUUGGUGGCUAUCAGCUUGAAAAUCAAAAGAGGUUGGUCUGCAACACGGUGUCUUUCGAGGGCGAUAAGAUAGAAAUUCAUGAGAUGGAGACUCCAGAUUGGACCCCAGAUAUUAAGCACAGCAAGAUCUGGUUUGGGAGCAGCAUGGGAAAUGGAACUGUCUUCCUUGGAAUACCAGGAGACAAUAAACAGGCUACUUCAGAAGCUUUCUAUUUCUAUAUGUUGAAAUGUGCUGAAGAUGAUGCGAAUGAAGAUCAGAAAACACUCGCAAAUAGUCAGACAUCAACGGAAGAUCCAGGGGACUCCACUCCCUUUGAAGACUCAGAAGAGUUUUGUUUCAGCGCAGAAGCAAAUAGUUUUGAUGGUGAUGAUGCAUUUGACACCUAUAAUGAAGACGAUGAGGAAGAUGAGUCGGAGACAGGCUACUGGAUUACAUGCUGCCCUACUUGCGAUGUGGAUGUCAACACUUGGGUACCAUUUUAUUCAACGGAGCUCAACAAACCUGCCAUGAUCUACUGCUCUCAUGGAGAUGGGCACUGGGUCCAUGCCCAGUGCAUGGAUCUAGCAGAACACACGCUCAUCCAUCUGUCGGAAGGAAGCAACAAGUAUUACUGCAAUGAGCAUGUGAAGAUAGCAAGAGCACUGCAAACCCCCAAAAGAGCCCCACCCUUAAAAAAGCCUCCACUGAAAUCCCUCCACAAAAAAGGUCCUGGGAAAAUUUUGACCCCCGCCAAGAAAUCCUUUCUUAGAAGGCUAUUUGAUUAGUUUCACAAAAGCCUUUCAAAUUCAAGUGCAUCAAUGUUUUAGACCUAUUUUAAAGAGUCAUGACAAUGAUGAAAAGUAUGUUUCUAUUUUGGCUUAUUGAAAACAUCUAUGUGUUCUUUUAGUCUUAUCAAUUAAGUGCCUGGGGAAAGCGUUCGUAAUACAAUGCUAAAAAAUACUUGAAAAUCUCUUGCUCGAAGAUAUCUUAAAUGAGAAUUUCUGACCUGAAUUUUUUUUUUCGUUCAAGGAAUCUUAAAUACAGAAGCAGUAAUAAUAAGAUAAGCUUAUAUCCCCUCUUAUGAUUUUUGGUAACAAGCUAUAACGUAGUAAAGACAAAAUCAAACCAAUAAAGAAACUAACUCCCAAAGGAAUUGAAUGAAUUAUUUUGUACAAUACAACAACCUGGUGGUUGGCCAAAAAUUGAAACCAAGAACACUUGUAUCCCACGCUAGAGCUCUUUAAUACCUCUAACUCUAAACUGGCCUCUUGAUUAUGCCUGUGAACAGAAAAAGUUCCAUAUCGAUUACUGAAACUGUAAUUCUCCAUUGAGGUGAAAGAAGAGAAAAUGAAUCUACAUCAAGUUUGUUAUCCUUACCAAGUUACCUGCAUAAACUUUCUUCAGAGGAUCCCCUCACCAUCUGGUGCACAAAUGACCAACCAAGGAAAGUCACUUGAACCAAUUCUUUGAGAGAUUUAAUGAAAACUGAAGUCCACUGCUACUUAACAUUCUGGGGAAAGAGUAUAAGAGAGCACACUAAGAGAGGACCACCAAUGAAAUCGUAAAAGAAUAAUAAUAUUAUUUCCCCCAAGUAAAAAAAGUUUAAAGAAUUUUCUAAAGUUAAUUUUAAAAUAUUUUAAAUGGGGAAAAAUAAAUUUGUGUGUGUAUGAGUCUAGCUGAUAUGUGGAAUUUGCUGCCAAUGAAAUUUAUAAAAUCAGUGAGUCUGCUGAAGUCCAAUUAAAUACUUCCUAGAAAGAAGGUUAAAAAGACUGUUUUGAGCCAUUAAGACAUCAACUGAUAAUAGAAAUUAUCAAUAUAGAAAUAGAAAUUAUCAAUAUAGAGAUAGAUAAUUAGAAAUUAUCUUAGAAAGAAAUGUUUUUCCUUUGGGGUAUUUUUCUAGCAAAGCAUCUCACCUUAUCCUAAAAGGCUUAAGCCAUAGCUUAUUAUUCAUCAGUUUUCCCUGAGAGUCCACAGUGUGUGAAGUAAUAUUACCACAUUUAGGGAAAACAUGACCAUAUGGGAGAUAAACCCCUGGAACACAAGUUCAUCUGCACUAGUUCCAUGGCUUGGGCGCUAAAAGUAACUUGGAUAAAUUAAAUCAUGUUCAGUUUAUUUCAGUAAUGUUGCGUAAUGGAUAUUCCUUUUGGGUUUUUUUUUUUUUUAUAUUCCUUUUGAACUAUUUACCAUUGUUUUGAUUUUUUGUUGUUUUUG